CAUAAGAGAAGUGUAUCCACUUCAGCUCAAUGCAUUCCUGACACUGACAUCUUCCACUGACGCUGCUAUGAGACAAGGAGAAAACUCAGCUGCAGCGCUGCGGGAUGUCAUGGAGCUGACAGAGAGGUUUACCUUCAAUCCCAAGGAGGGAAUAGACAAUCCAGCCAUGGUGACUGCAGAUGAUACAGAGAGUGUGUCAAAUUCCACACCACGUAUGUGUGUGCUGAAGAGGGAAGAAGGAGAAACCUUUGGCUUCAAACUGCGUGAGGAAAGAGGGCGGCAGGGUCAUAUAAUCAGGCAGCUGGAUUCAUUGGGUGUGGCAGUGAGGAGUGGGCUCAGGGAUGGGGACCGACUGCUUGAAGUCAAUGAGAUGUUUGUUGACAAUGUGGAACACACGGAGGUGGCCCGAAGGAUUCAGUUGAGUGGAUCACAGUUCUGUUUCCUGGUGUUAGAUGAAAAGGACUACAACCAGGCUGUUUCUGAUGGUCUUGACCUUAGAGAGUUGGCUCAAGCCAGCCGUGGAGAAGGAUGGAGGCCUCCUCGUCUCUGCCACAUCAAGAAAGAUGCACCUGGCCUGGGCCUCAACAUACUGCCAGUGGAAGGUGAGAAAGGCAAAUUCGCUGUAAGCCCAGUGAAAGGAGGUGCCGCAGAGAGGGCAGGAGUGAGGAAAGGUGACCGGCUGAUCUGGAUGGAUGGUGCCAUGACCUCUGAACUCACACACUCUGCCAUCAGCAAAAUGGUGAAGAAGUGCAGUGAUCACAUGACAGUGCUGGUGAUUGACAGUGACAGUGAGAAGAGUUAUGCCCGUAGGAAAAUGCCCAUUCUCCCAGCCAUGGCUGAUGCAGAGAACAUGCCGUUUCAGGCCCGCAGACUGCAUUUGGUAUUGGGGCCGGAAGGGUACGGCUUCUUGCUCAGGGAGGAGAAGGCUGGUGCAGGACGCACUGUCCACAUGGUGAGAGAGGUGGAUAAUGGCAGCCCUGCUGAACUAGGAGGUGUUAAAGAAGGUGAGAUGCUUCUUGAAGUGAAUGGAGAAUCCACAGACUCACUGAGUCAUGAAGAAGUUGUCAGCAAAAUCAGACAGAGUGGGCAGCAGGUCACUUUCACAACUAUCACACCUCAGGGGAAAGACUUCUACACUAAGUUGGACCUCUCUCCGUUGCUGUUCUGUGUGGAUGUUACAUCUGCUAGUCCUGAGGAGAAAAAGGAAAUCCCAAUGACGCUGAAGCCAGCAGUGCCCCCUGUUGAGCCUGAGGAGGAUGUGCAGAUUGAUCCUAAUGUUAGACGCUGUAUACUGCAGAGGGGCUCGACUGGUUUUGGCUUCCAUUUGGGUUGCGUCCAACAGAAACCUGGCACUUUCAUCAGCCAGGUAGCAGCAGGAGACCCAGUAGAGGGAUCAGGUCUCCUUCAGGGUGAUGUGGUGGUGGAGGUGAAUGGACAGAAUGUGGAGAAAGAGUCUGUGGAGGAUGUGAUCUUACAUGUGAAGAGAGGAGGAGACACUCUUUCUUUACUAGUAGUAGAUCAGAAAGGUUAUGACUGGCUGAAGAAGAAUGGGAAGCCAAUCACUGUGAACAAACUAGCAACAAUUUCUGAGGUGGAGGAAAGUGUUUCAAGUGCUGCUGAACCACCAACACUGAAGACUGAUGACUUGUCUGAUGACCGGACUUAGUCCUAGUUAUAGAUGGGAUGGCCAUAAAACAGUCCUGAUAAUGUCAAUGAGAUUAGUACUUUGAGAAUGAUCUUUAAAUAGAGUUUCACUAGGUGGCUAAUUUCUCUUAACUAUACUCAGAGGUGUAAAGAGUACCUGAAAACCAUGCUUGAGUAAAAAUACAGAUACCUUACAGCGAAAAUGACUCCAUUACAAGUUACAAGUCACCAAUUCCAAUAUGACUUGAGUAAAAGUCUUAGAGUAUCUGGUUUUAACAGUACUUAAGUAUUUUACUCAUACUGAAUGUAGGCUCGAAGAUGCACUAGUCCUCGACACCUAAGAGACAUGCCAGUGAAAAUAAGAAACAAUUGAAUUUGUAAGAUAAGAAAUCAUUUUUAUUUUCUAAAAUCAAAAAAUAAACUGAACACCUCAAAAUUGCAAUAAAUGAAGUUCGACUCUCUUAAAAUCUCAGUAAAGCUCAAGUGCACAAAAAGGCCAUAAGAAAACCAAUAUCCUUCAAAAAGGUCUCGUCAAUAUAGCGGAUAAAUAAAAUAAUGUUAAAUAAAAUUAAAUAGUCAAAGUCUACUUGCAUUGGAUGUGCUGGUUUUGACCUCAUCACCAGCUGCAGUCAUGACAUCAUUUCCUAAAUCAAACACCUGCGAUUCAGCGACUACCUGCUAAUGCACUCGCAUUCACGUAAAGUAGCCUUGUUGACAAGUUCGGGUGAGAAAAGGUAAAACGCACAAGAUAUAGUAUCUUCAAUGCCCUUAGAUGGCGAUAUUGCUUCUUUAUAGCAGAAACAAACUGCUGCAGAAAAAGUUAGGUGCCAUGAAAAAUGCAAUGUGUAAUUCCAUUACUCAUCACAAAUGUACUGGAGUAAAGUACAUUUACUUACAAAAAUGUAGUCAAGUAGAGAGUAAAAGUUGCUAAUAUCUUUGAUACUCAGUAAAACUACAAGGUAGCCAAAAAAAUAUACUUAAGUACAGUCACUAAUUACAUUUACUCAAAUACUUUACACCACUGACUAUACUACAUUUGCACUUCAACUCAGUUGUUCUGUAUGAAACACACGAUCUUUGGCACGAUCCCAAUUCUGCAUAAUCUUUCAGAGUGCUGUGAAUAUAAUGUUAAGAUUUGUCUGGAAGUAGCAGGAAGACAUUAACAAUAAUAAUUUCUGUGUUUCUGAUAAGUAUUAUCUAUUGCAUCAGUAUUUUAACAUGUGCUCACCAUAGGUGCUUACUAUAUGUUUUGCCCAGUGGUGGACAAAGUACACAAAUCAAGUACUUGAGUAAAAGUACAGAUACGUAUUAUAAAAUAUUACUCAAGUGAAAGUAUUUAAUGCUCCUUUUCAAUUUUACUUGAGUGAAAGUACAAAAGUACUUGAUUUUUAAUGUACUUAAGUAAAAAAGUACUAAUUGAUGAAUGUUUAUUUUGUAAUUUUAUAUAGGCCACUUAUAUAAUUUAAUUAUAUAUUAUGUAUUUUAUGUAAUCCUAUUGCUCAAAAUAAUUAUGUCAAAUAUGUCAGAUGGCCAGCACUAGUCAGUAUGGAUGGAAGGUUAGUGGAUACAGAUACAUAAUAUGUAAUGUGUGCUGACAAACAAUAUAAAAACAGACAAAACAUAUAGGGCUAAAUACAUAACAUUUUAAGAAAUUGCUACAGCAGCGGGGAAGAUGAACGUGCAUGCGUUAUUUUAAUUUGUGUUAGAGUUGCACGAUUCUGGAUAAAAUGAGAAUCAACAUUCUUUUGUUUGUUUGUUUCAAAAAGAGAUCAUGAUUCUCCCACGAUUCUGAACAGACAACUAAACAAAAUAGCAUAUAAUUAUUUACUAGAGGACAAAAUAUUAAUUGCUGCAGUCUAUUUAAAAAUAUUUAAUUUAAUUGAAUUAUUUAAAAAAUGGGUUUGAAUGAAGGAUUUAAUGACUCACUCAUAACUACUUCAUUUGUUUCAUUACAGGAUGAAUCAAUGUUUUUGAACAAAUCUUUUGAAUGAAUCAUUCGAUGUCAAAUACAUUUUACGUCACUUUGGCGCCUCCUAGUGGCGUAACGAUGUAAUCGAUACACCGUUAUUUGAAGCGGCAAGUUAGUUUCAAAAUGUGAUUUGAUCUGUUUGAAUCGAGAUCGCGAUCUGUAGACACUGGUGUGGACGUGUCCGCAUUAAAGCAUUUCAGUGCGCUUAAACAGAUUGCCCUUUACAGCAGAUUUAGUUCAAAAACAAUUGACAGUUGUGACCUAAAUAUGAUUUUCAGUUACAAUAAUUAAUCCUAAAAUUCAACAUUAGUAGGCUGACUUACUUUUCGCCAUCAGUCGUGCGCGCACUCGAGGAUCCCUCAGUUCUUGGCUAAUUUUCAGUCAGAUUUGUAAAUUCAGUUCACUGGAGAGUCGCUCUGAAUGGAUCAUUGAAUCAGUGAGUUGUUGAUUCGAGAACAGCUGCAAUACGAUCAGUCCGCGAAUGAAUUGUUGAUGUGAUUUGUGAACCGAUUUAACAGGAUGAUUGAAAAGAAUCAGUUUGUGCACGAAUUGGACACCGCUUUUGCGUCCCUGAGCAUGUGACGAUUUCUUCAUUUUAAAAUACGGAGUAACAAUAUGUUUUAUGAAAUGUAGUGGAGUAAAAAGUACGAUCUUAUGCUUUAGAAUGUAGUGAAGUAAAAGUAAAAGUUGCUCAAAAUAAAAAUACUCGAGUAAAGUACAGAUACUUGAAAAAUGUACUUAAUUAUACUUAAUGUAUACUGUAUACAGUAACGAAUUAAAAAUACUUCGUUACUGUCCACUACUGGUUUUGCCAGGUUAUGACUUAUGAAUCUGCCAUUUUUGCAUUGUGUCAUUUUCAUCCUGAAUAAAUUAUCAUUUAAAUGGU